UUUCAUGACAAGCUUACGAACUAUACGGAACUGGAAACAAAAUGGACUCCUUUUACCUCGGGUAUUGUCGAGCGUGUAUGUCACUGUGAUAAAUAAAUUUUCAUCACAGCCAUGGUGCGUAUGAAUGUACUGAGUGAUGCCCUCAAAUCAAUCAACAAUGCUGAAAAGCGAGGCAAGAGGCAGGUGCUUCUUCGCCCUUGCUCAAAAGUUAUAGUAAAAUUUCUUACAGUAAUGAUGAAGCAUGGUUACAUAGGUGAAUUUGAAAUUGUUGAUGACCACAGGAGUGGAAAGGUUGUUGUUAACCUUACUGGAAGGUUAAACAAAUGCGGUGUUAUUUCACCAAGAUUUGAUGUUCCCAUCAAUGACAUUGAGAAGUGGACCAACAAUCUUCUUCCAAGUCGUCAGUUUGGAUAUGUUGUUUUAACCACAAGUGGUGGUAUCAUGGACCACGAGGAGGCCAGGAGAAAACAUUUGGGAGGCAAAAUUCUUGGAUUCUUCUUUUAAGUUAAUCUUAUAAUAAAAAUUAAAAAAAAGCGUUUUGACACUUAAGGUGUUGAAUGCAUCUUGAAUAAAUGUCAAUACGU